UGUGCGUGUGUGUGUGUGUGUGUGUGUGUGUGUGUGUGUGUGCGUGCCCCUACCCCAGCCCUCCAAUAUCUCUCCACAGGACCGCCAGCCCAGUCUAGAGUUAUUCCAGGAAUGCGAUGAACAUGGCGGCCGCGAUGAAGGCGCAGAAAACGGGACUGCUGGAGCUCCGGGUGACCGUGGACCGCUGGAUCCGAGUGCUGGCCACUCUCACCGAAGACAAGCUGAUGGUCAACCCUGGCGAGGGCGCCGACGAGACGACCAAGCACAAUCCGAAUCCCGCGGGGGCGAUCAACGGAGACCCUCCCAACCUCAGCUCGUGUCCCGUCCCGGAGACCAUCACCAACGUGAAGCGCACAGUGCGAGUCACCAAGCAAGAUGUCGGAGGACUCGGAAUUAGUAUUAAAGGUGGGAAGGAGAACAAGAUGCCCAUUCUCAUCUCCAAGAUUUUUAAGGGCUUGGCCGCCGACCAAACGGAGGCGCUGUAUGUGGGCGACGCCAUAUUGUCUGUCAACGGUUGCGACUUACGGGAGGCCACGCACGACGAAGCCGUGCAGGCGCUCAAGAAGACUGGCAAGGAAGUCAUCCUUGAAGUUAAGUACAUCAAGGAGAUGUCGGCCUUCUUCAAGAGCUCGGGGUCCCCUGGCGCAGCUCUCCCGUGGGACUCGCCUCCUCCAACGCCUCCGAAGGGCGUUGACCAUUUGUCCGCCGAGGCGAAGGAACCCCGCAGCAUCCCGCUGAAAAUGUGCCAGGUGUCCCGCAAGCAAUGCCCCCCUGACACAGAAAACAGGUACUUCGAGGUGGUUUCGCCCAACAGGAAGAACUCUGUGUUCCUGCGGGCCAAAGACCCAGCCAUGGCCCAAUCUUGGUACAACGCCAUCCAGGCCGGUGCUGCCAACCUUUUACCACAAGUCAAGGAGGAGAUGAAGAGCUUGCACCCUGGUAUGGAAGUCAAACACUUGGGCUGGAUUGUAGAACAGGCGGUGCAAGGACCCGAGAGGCCCGUCCUCGCCGUGCUGACCGAGCGGGAGCUGCUUCUUUACCCUGCCUUGCCCGAAAGCAAAGACGCCAUCUGCAGCCCGGCUAAGAGUCACCCUCUCAUCACCACCAGACUGGUCCACUCCGGCCCGGGAAAAACGUCUCCUCUCCUGGAAUCGGAGCUUUCAUUUGGCCUGCGUUUGGGCACCAAGCAAGGUGUGGAGACCCACGUCUUCCGGGUGGAUUCUCCCAAGGAGCUGUCGGUGUGGACUCACCUACUGGUCGAUGGCUGCCACAACGCCGCCGAGCUCAUCAAGGAGGUCACGACAGCUUGCAGCUGGAACGGAAAGGAGUGCACACUGGGUGUGCACAUUGACGAUGGCUUCACGCUAUUCACCGAAGAGCUGGGCGUCCGCAAGAGCGUGUUGCUGCAGCAUCCCUUUGAGCGUCUGAGGAUGUCGUCAGACGACGGCGUCCGCAUGAUGUUUCUUGACUUUGGAGGGCCAGAGGCCGAAAUCCAACUGGACCUUCAUUCUUGCCCCAAGACGAUUGUGUUCAUCAUCCACUCGUUUCUCUCUGCUAAGGUCAAGCGACUCGGCCUCCUGGCAUGAUGACGUCCACAACAUGUGCAUUAGGAAUAUUUGACAAAUUCACAAACACAACAACUCAGACUGACUUUUGAGCUGCAAGCGAUGACUAAACCUCUUCUCCUCUCUUCCGGCUCAUCCUGGUCUCUCAUGGAGAGCCGGCGGACAUUUGGACGUUGAGGUUUUUCCACAAAUGCAGACCUCAUGAUUCAUGCAUUGAUUUUGCAGCAGCCUUUCACAUUUUUUUUUUCCUUCCAAUUUUGGUCAGCAUCCCUUCAGCUUUUAUUGAUUCAUUGUUCAGUAUGUAUGCGUCAUGAAUGUCUUGAUGGUUGAUGUUGGACAAAUCUCUAUUUAAUUAAAAGAAGACAGCUUUAGCGGAAUGGCGGCAGACUGAUCACUGCGUGAUCAAAAAUGGAUGUAAGGAUUCAUUAAGUGAGGAACUUGCGGAUGUUUAAGUUGCCUUCUCACACAACGAUUUUUAUGAUAUACCCCUCCCCCCAAUUUUAUGAUAUUAC